AUGGGGAGUAGACUGGAGAAGAACUCUGAACUGGUCCGGAAGCGCGUCGAGGCUCAUACUUUCGAGGAUGAAGAAGGCGAAGAAUAUGAUGGUUCGAAGUUUGGAGGGUUCACUGACUAUUUCCGCCGCAAGAAGCUCAAAUUACAAAAUUUGGAUGCUCAGGUCCGUUCAUCAUCAUCAGGUAAACCUCAGAUAUUCAAAGGAGUUUCCUGCCAUGUAAAUGGUUAUACUCAGCCUUCACUGAAUGACCUACAUCAUAUGAUUGUCAGCCAUGGCGGUGCCUUCAUGCAAUACUUGGAUGGAAAGACCACUGUCACCCACAUCAUUGCCUCAAACCUGACCCCGAAGAAGGCUAUCGAGUUUCGCCGCUAUAGGAUAGUAAAGCCCGCUUGGGUUGUGGAUAGUAUCAAGGCUGGAAAGCUGCUUCCUUGGAGCUCAUACCGAGUGCUUGAUGAAGGAGUUGGUCAGAAGGUCUUGGGAUUUGAUGCCGGCAAGGUUGUCAGCCAAGCGGGCACGCAAUCUCGAUCUUAUCGCGAACAGACAAACACGAGUUGGUAUACCACUCAGAUCAAAAAUUUGGCGGAAGAUAUUGAUGAUGAGCUGGGUGCGAACUUUCCAAGUACUCAAAUAGCCACAUCAAAUGGGGCUGGGAUUUACACUGGCAGCACAGCUCACCAAGGACACUCGGAGGUCGAGAAACCAAGUCGUCAAUAUGCCGACUUGCUCGAGGACCUGCCACAGUCUUCGGGUAGCUUCGAAGUCUCUUCUUCCUUAGAAGAUGCCCUUAAGGAUGCUGCCGCUGUUGAGCAUCUUCGCAAAAACGAUGGUCCGCUUAACACGAUACUCGAGCCGCCUUCCCUGGAGAAUUUGGAAGACUCAGAGCUACCCCAUACAUCAGAUCACACUCCACUAACAAGGACUCCUACUCGAACCCGAGACUCGGCUUCACCGAGAGUGGAUUUAUCGUCACCAACUCCGCUCAAUAGUGUCAAUAACACACCAUACAAAGCUUCCUGCAAGCCAACUCACUUUGAAAGUCCGUCACCUGAAAAGCCCGCGAAAAUUCUUACCGCGGAAGAACAUAAUGCUCUUCUACUGGCGGAUCCGCGUAUGAGGAAGUCGUCGACUGCGAAUCCGGAAUUCCUAAAGCAAUACUAUGCCGAAUCUCGUCUUCAUCAUCUCUCAGCUUGGAAAGCAGAUCUAAAGUCGAAAUGCCAGCAAAUGGCGGCAGAAACAACGGCUUCUCAGAGACAAAAUCUCAAACGCAAGCCAGGCGCCCGAAGAUACGUCUUACAUGUAGAUUUUGACAGCUUCUUUUGCGCUGUAUCAUUGAAAGCAGCGCCUGAGUAUGUAGACAAGCCAGCGGUUGUUGCUCAUGGAAGUGGAACAGGAUCAGAAAUCGCCAGUUGCAACUACCCUGCACGGGCCUUUGGUGUCAAGAAUGGCAUGUGGAUGAAGAAUGCAUUAAAGCUAUGUCCAAACAUCAAGGUUCUUCCAUAUGACUUUCCAGCGUACGAGGAAGCAAGCAGAAGCUUUUACGAAGCUAUCCUUGACGUUGGAGGCAUCAUACAAAGUGUCAGCGUAGACGAAGCGCUUGUGGACGUGUCUUCCCUAUGUUUGCAAGCAGGAGGUACUGAUGGCUUUGGAAUCAGCGAAGGCAGCAUCUGGCGAGAACAAGAGAAAGCUGAUGAGAUAGCUCUUGGGUUGCGGCAUCGUAUCAAAGAGAAGACGGGUUGUGCGGUUUCCGUCGGCAUCGGUGGCAACAUCUUGCUCGCCAAGGUGGCCCUUCGAAAGGCGAAACCUGCUGGGCAGUAUCAAAUUAAGCCAGAAGAAGUUCUCGAUUGCCUUGCUGAUCUCAGCGUCCAAGAUCUUCCGGGAGUUGGCUACAGUAUAGGCGGAAAGCUUGAAGAAAUUGGAGUUAAAUAUGUCAAGGACGUUCGACAACUGACAAAGGAGAGAUUAAUCAACGUACUCGGGCCCAAAACCGGCGAGAAAAUAUGGGACUAUUCUCGGGGUAUCGAUCGUGUGGAAGUAGGAGAGCAAGUUGUUCGAAAAUCUGUCUCGGCUGAGGUAAACUGGGGAAUCCGAUUCAUAUCCCAACCUGAAGCUGAGGAGUUCGUGCAAAACCUAUGUAUUGAGUUACAACGUCGCCUACUUAAUGAGCGCGUCAAAGGCAAACAACUUACGAUGAAGAUUAUGCGAAAAGCAGCAGAUGCUCCGCUUGACCCACCGAAGCACUUGGGCCAUGGCAAAUGUGACACUUUCAAUAAGAGCAUAGUGCUUGGAGUGGCUACCAAUAACGCUGAAGUUAUUGGGAGAGAGGCGAUUUCAGUAUUACGCGGCUACGGGUUUUCUCCCGGCGAGCUUAGGGGAUUGGGAGUACAGAUGACCAAACUCGAACCCAUGAAAAUUGCCGGCGGGAGUCUUCCUGAUGGCAGCCAGAGAAGAAUCAAUUUUGGCGCGGCUGCUCCAAGAUUGGCCAAACAAGUUGCUGAAGAUCCUAUCGACGAUCCGGUUACGCCAACAAAGCGAAAGCCGCUGCUUCUUCCAGAGGACAGUCAUACAAGUACUGAGAUAGAACCCAUAGAUGAAUCGCCAACUCCUCGAAAACCAAGAUCAGUUGCAGCACAACUUAUGCAUAGACAUGAUCCAAUUCAUGAUAGCCCUGUUAAGACACGUCCUACUCCUGUCCAUCCAGCAGCUGCCAUAUCGAGAGCAAAUGCGGUUGACCAGAGCGCAAAGAAGUUUCUCAAUCUGACAGGAACACAGUUCAUAGUACCAUCACAGAUAGAUCCUACAGUUCUAGCCGAGCUACCUCAAGAUAUGAGAGCGAAACUUAUGGCUCAGGGUGGAGGGGCAUCUAGAUCAAGGAGCCAAUCCCCUCUUAUCUCAAGAUUUGACAGUCCAGUCAGAGAAACUUUUCGUGAGGCAUCUAACCCACCAUUGCCUUCAGAUUUAGAUCCAGAUGUCUUUGAUUCAUUACCCGAUGAUCUCAAAGCAGAAGUUCUCGCCUCAUUCGCGACCAAGCAACCUGCUAUCUCGGGAGCUCAAAGCGUCCUACCACAAUCCCCACGUAAGAACCGUACCAUUCAAAACAUCAACCUCAAGAGAACCACACCCACUAAGAAACGAGGUCGUGGUCGACCCCGAAAAUUCGAAAUGAACUCCAGCAGAACCCAAUCCAGCUUCCUAGCCACCAAAAAAGCCCUCAUCCAAUCCAAAGACCCCGACACCGACGCAGAAGGCUACACCUCCGAAACCCUCGACCCAGCAUUCCUCUCCGCGCUCCCGCUCGAAAUGCAAGAGGAAAUCCUCCUCGAACACAAACGGCACCGACUCGCCAAAAAGUCCGGCCUCGUAACCUCCAACACCCUCCUCAAAAAGCGCAAACCCCCAGAGAUUCCUCCACUAGGCCAGCGCAAAAUCCGUCUCCCGCCGCGCGAUCCCAAGCCGACGUUCACGACGCUGGAGCUUAGCACGUUGCCGCAGCUGCGCGAGACGUUGAGGGAAUGGUAUGAGGAGUUUUCGGGGGAGGGACCGCAUGAGGAGGAUGUUAAGGCUAUGGAGCGGUAUUUGAAGAGGGUUGUUGUUGAGGAGAGGGAUGUGGCAAAGGUUGUGGGCGUUUGUAGGUGGGUUGAGUGGCUGAUUGGUGAGGCGGGGGAGGGGAAAGGGACGGAGGCUUGGAGGAGGGCGUUGGUAGGGAUUAAGGGAGAGGUACAGGAUGCUGUGAGGGAGAGGGGGUUGGGUGCUUUGGAUUUGUAG